AGGGAAGGGGCGGAGCGAAGAAGCGCGACCACCGGGCGGGAGACUCCCGUAACGAGGAGAUCGGGGGGCGAGCGCGAGGUCCGUGACCCGGGUGACAAGAUGCCGCGGGUUGUCCCAGACCAGAGGAGCAAAUUUGAGAAUGAGGAGUUCUUCCGGAAACUGAGCCGGGAGUGCGAGAUUAAAUACACAGGGUUCCGGGAUCGACCCCAUGAAGAACGCCAGGCUCGCUUUCAAAAUGCUUGCAGGGACAGUCGUUCAGAAAUAGCAUUUGUGGCCACUGGAACCAACUUGUCCCUGCAGUUUUUCCCAGCAAGUUGGCAGGGGGAACCUCGUCAAGCACCCACCCGUGAAUAUGUGGACUUUGAAAGAGAACCUGGGAAGGUUUAUCUAAAGGCGCCGAUGAUCUUGAAUGGAGUUUGUGUCCUAUGGAAAGGUUGGAUAGACCUCCAGAGAUUAGAUGGGAUGGGCUGCCUGGAAUUUGAUGAUGACAGAGCGCAGCAUGAGGAUGCUCUGGCACAACAAGCCUUUGAGGAAGCUCGCAGAAGAACACGCGAGUUUGAAGAAAGAGACCGCUCUCACCGGGAGGAAAUGGAGGUGAGAGUUUUACGACCUCGCUGCCCAUAACUGGCUCGACGGCAGCAGGACCCAAGCUCCGGUCUGGGCAGUGGCGAUGACCUAAAGCUCCGUUAACGUUUCACCCCAGAGCUCACCAAGCUAGAUCAUCAAGACUAGGAGAGAGGAGACACCCGUACGUUUCUCAGCCCCAGAGGUCACUCGCGAUCCUCACUCGUUUUAUACUUCUAUUUCUAAGCAUGUUGCCCUAUAUUAACGGUUCACAUUGAUCCCUCUAUGCAAACUCUGCCAAGUGCAGCUAGUUCUUCUGGAAGCUGCUGGAUUUUAUUUACAUUUUAAGUAUAAAUAGGUCAUAUUCUUUUCGAAGUAUAGUUUUUGUUCUGUGUCAAACUGCUCCUUUUUGUUGCUGUAAAUUUUAGGAUCCAGUUUUUAGGUGAAUAUAAUAUUUGGAAUACUAUUGUACAACCCACCUCAAGUAAAAAAACAAAAAAAAAACGGUCACUUUA